AUGUUAUCAUCUUUUUAUAAUUAAAUUCAUAACUAAUGCGAUUACUUUAAUUGUAAGAAAAGGAUUAAAAUGAAAUCAAAACUAAAAACAGAAAGAAAUAUCAGAAUACUUUUAUACAAGCACUAAAAGAUUUAGAGACAGAAGGAAGUGAAGAAGAGUACACAGAACCCCAUAAAUUUGUGUGUAUAAAAAAUUGAAAUAAAAAAAGAAAAAGAAAAUUAAGAAAAUAAUAAUAAGUUAGUGCAUAAUUUAUAUUUGCAUAUUUGUUAAAAUAAAUAAAUAAAUAAUACAAUAUUUUAUUAGUUUAUUAAUAAAUAUUACUGA